AUGAGAUUCUCGAGGUCAUCAAUUUUGUGGAGUGCUUUGAGCAUCGCGCCCCCUCCAGCAUACCCCAUUGGGCAGGUUCAUGGACCCAAUGCGAAAGUAGCAGGGCGGCUGUUUGAUAUCGAUGGCAAGAUUGAGUAUUUUGCAGGGAGCAACGCUUGGUGGCUCGCCCACCUAAGCCACAAUUCCGACAUCGACAUUGCCCUGAGCGAAGUAGCCAAGACCCAAUACAAGAUCCUCCGUGUCUGGGGCUUCGGCGAUGUCAACACCCUCCCAGACCCAACCAACACAGAUCCGAACAAGGUCUACUUCCAGGUCCUCAACUCGACAGGCAGCUACAUCAACUAUGGCCCAGACGGCCUCCAGCGCCUAGACUACGCCGUGCACGCAGCCGAGCAGCACGGCGUCAAGCUCGUGCUCAACUUUGUCAACAACUGGUCCGACUACGGCGGCAUCGCGGCAUACACGGCUGCCUUUGGCGCCAACGCCACCGAGUGGUUCACAGACCCGACCAGCCAGGCCGUGUACCGCAACUACAUCGACGUCGUGGUCAGCCGCUACCGGGCGUCGCCGGCCGUGUUCGCGUGGGAGCUGGCCAACGAGCCGCGGUGCUCUGGGUGCGACACCUCUGUGCUGACGGGCUGGGCCGAGGCCACGGCUGGGUACAUCAAGGGGCUCGACGCGGCGCACCUGGUAACCCUGGGCGACGAGGGGUGGUUUGCGCCGGCGGACGUGCCGUACGUGUCUGGGGACGACGGCACGUCUGCCUACGACGGGUCCUCUGGCGUGGACUGGGUUGCGAACCUGAGGAUCUCGAGCCUUGACUACGGGACUUUUCACCUGUACCCGGACUCGUGGGGGUACAACUAUACCUGGGGCAACGAGUGGAUCCUGCAGCACGACCAGGUGGGGAGGGAGAUUGGGAAGCCGGUGAUCCUGGAGGAGUACGGGGCGCCUUUCCCCGGAAACCACACGCCGUAUUACAAGCCUUGGCAGGAUACCGUGCUCAAGAGCGGCGUGGCGGCCGACCAGGUCUGGCAGUUUGGGACAUAUGACUUGAGUGUGCCUGCGGCGAACCUGGGCGAUGUGAACUCGAUUUAUUACAACAGUUCCGAGUAUAAAGUGCUGGGUUUCAAGCAUGCGGCGGAUAUGUUGAACAAGAAGGUUUGA